UGUAAAGCAGCUCCUCACUUCCCCUUCUCAGGUCGCAUUCCCUGAAGCUUUAGCUCCAAUUACUGAGUCUCAAAAACUGAUCGGGACUUUAUGGCAGAAUUCUCCCCAGAAGGAAGAGGACUCAUCUGCAGACAUCACUGUUCGGGGUGAUCGCCCCUCGUUACUACAGAGCAGAGUGUUCUGGUUUAUCUGGUUCCUCCAACCCAGGAUCCUCUGCUGAUAUCUUCUAUAUAAGAGAAGUUUCCUGAUCAACCAUGGAGAGAGACAGGAACAAGAUGGCCGACAGGAUAAUAAACCUCACCCUAGAGAUACUCUUCCGGCUUACUGGAGAGGUUUACACAGUAAUGAAGAAGUCCUCUAGUGGGCGCUGUCGGGCCCCUGUGUGUGAAGGAUGGGGAAGAACCCAGAGCCCAAUCCCGGGGCCCCCACCUCACUCCCUGAUACAUGAGGAAAUGGAUGAACAGAAGAUCCUAGAACUAAUCAACAAGAUGAUGGAGCUGCUGACUGGAGAGGUUCCUAUAAGGUGUCAGGACGUGGCGGUCUAUUUCUCCAUGGAGGAGUGGGAGUAUGUAGAAGGACACAAGGAUCAGUACAAGGAUCAGGUGAUGAUGGAGGAUCAGCAGCCCCUCACAUCACCAGUCAGAUCCAGUAAGAGAACAGCACCAGAGAGGUGUCUUGUAUAUCAAGGUGAAAAUCUCAAGUGUAUUAAUGCUACAGACUUAAAGGAAAAAGAAAAGACAGACGUGAGCAGUGAUGAGCAGUAUAAGGAGGACAUUUCUACAGGGAAAGAUCUGAUCUAUAUUAAUGCUACAGAUAUAAAGGAAGAAGAGACAGAUGUGAGCGGUGAUGAGCAGUAUAAGGAGGACCUUUCUACAGGGAAAGAUCUGAUCUAUAUUAAUGCUACAGAUAUAAAGGAAGAAGAGACAAAUGUGAGCGGUGAUGAGCAGUAUAAGGAGGACAUUUCUACAGUUAACUGCCUAGAUGACUGUACCAGGAGAUCAGAGGAGAAUCUUAUAUCUUCAGAUUAUAAAGCAGAUGAUGAUAUCACACAAGAUACAUAUGAAGAACAUUCCAUUAUCCCAGAUACACCCUCAGCCCUUCACAGACAAGAUCUGUCAUCUCAUCCUGUUAUACCCGUCCUGUCUUCUGAUCCAUCACAGGCUGGUAAACAAAAUAAAAGCCACAGAAGGGGUGUUAGACAUCAAAAAGCUUAUACAGGAAAGGAGCCAUUUUCUUGUUUAGAAUGUGGAAAAUGUUUUACUAAAAAAUCAAGACUUUUUAAACAUCGAAGAACUCACACAGGAGAAAAGCCAUUUCUAUGUCCAGAAUGUGGAAAAUGUUAUCGUUAUAAAUCAAAUCUUGUUGAACAUCUAAAAACUCACACAGGAGAGAAGCCAUUUCUUUGUCUAGAAUGUGGAAAAUGUUUUCCUCAAAAAACACAGCUUUUUAAACAUCAAAGAACUCACACAGGUGAGACGCCAUUUGCAUGUCCAGAAUGUGGAAAAUGUUAUCGUUACAAAUCAAAUCUUGUUGAACAUCUAAAAACGCACACAGGAGAGAAGCCAUUUCUUUGUCUAGAAUGUGGAAAAUGUUUUUCACAAAAAACAAAACUUGUUAGACAUCAGACAAUUCACACAGGCGAGAAGCCAUUUUCAUGUUCAGAAUGUGGGAAAUGUUUUUAUACUAAAUCAAGACUAGUUGAACAUCAGAAAACUCACACAGUUGAGAAGCCAUUUUUAUGCCCAGAAUGUGGAAAAUGCUUUACUCUUAAAGCAAAACUUGUUAGACAUCUAACAUUUCACACGGGGGUGAAGCCAUUUCUAUGCCCAGAAUGUGGGAAAGGUUUUAUUCAAAAAUCAGAUCUUGUUAAACAUCAACGAAUUCACACAGGGGAGAAGCCAUUUUCCUGUAAAGAUUGUGGCAAUGUUUUUACUCAGAAAACAUCUCUAAAGGAACAUCAAAGAAUUCACACAGGGGAGAAUCUAUUUUCAUGUCCUGAAUGUGGGAAAAGUUUUAAACGGAAAUCAAAUCUUGUUGAGCAUCAAAAAACUCACACAAGGGAAAUGCAGUUUUCAUGCUCAGAAUGUGGCAAAUGUUUUAAUCGGAAAUCAUAUCUUGUUAAGCAUCAGAAAACUCACAGAAAAAAACAAUAUUCAUGUACAAUAUGUCCUUUAGGACAAAGUAAUGUCUAAUUACACAGUAAAAAAAAUCACAGAGGAAAAGCAGAACCUGUUCUUCUUACCAUCCUGUUGUUUUUUUAUUAUGUCCUGUAAGUAUGAUGGGUGCAGGGCUGCCAUCAGAAAAGUUCUUUGCCCUUCUUAUACAAUCGGCAUCUUCUCAAAUGUUUUGAUUUCCAACGUCUUAUUUUGGGCGUCAUUCCAAGGUUUCUUAGUCACAAGCAGAUUGCAAGCUCAGCAACAUGGUGCAUAGUUUAAAAGUAGGUAACAGAUCUUUUUUCAGCAUUAGAAAUGACAUAUAAAUAUAUAAGUAUUAAUAUAUAUAUUGAUUGGAGUCAGAAUCAUUUUAAUCAACUUGACAAGGGCAGCACAGUAAAGCACUGUGCUGCAAAGUAUGUAACUCCGCCGCACUCUGCUAUAAUCUAAUAUGCCCUAUUCUGGUUAGUGUAAAACUGCCCUAAAAUUUUGUAAAUAUUCCCACAUACUGUGGGAGAUGUAUGAAAAUCUAAGAGAGGUAAAGUGUGGCUUCUUUAAUUUUUAAGAAAGCCUUUGAAAAAUAAAUAGCAGCAAUCUGAUUGUUGCAAUGGGCAACUGCAUCACUUUCGUCUCUUCAGGUUCUGAUAAAUCUCCCCUGUUGACCAUACAGAGGUAGAUACCAGAAAGUGUCUGCUGACAGUGUAGGCCAGGGGGUCCUCAAACUUUUUAAACGGGGGGC